AUGUCUUUUAGUGUUGUUGCCGCAAGUUGUGGGGAUGCCUUAUUUGAAGUUAAAGCCAACAUUUUCCUGUCAAUCGCUAAUGAAGUGGCCCAUUUUAUUAACCGAUAUCAGAAAGACAUGCCAAUGUUGCCAUUCCUGGCAACAGAUAUGUUUCAACUCGUCUUCAAUCUGUUGGAAAUAUUUGUGAAAGAAGAAGCCUUGGCUGAAGUGACAUCAACAGCUAAGCUGGUCCAGCUAGAUUUAACGAAGUCAUCUUUGCACACCUUAGAUGUUGAUAUUGGGUUUGUUGCAAACAAACUUCUCCUAGAUUUAAAGCGCAAAAAGAAGAUCAGUGAGAAGGAUUGCUACUCAGUGAGAGCUGAUACCAAGACAUUUCUCAUCGCCCUUGUGAAGAAGCUAUUGUUAAAAGCUCCAAUAAGGUUUGGUCUGGUAAGGAACUUGGCAUGGCUGCAUCCCUUGGAAAUCUGUUGUGGUCAAGAGAGGUGUUUGGAGCAUCUUGGUCGUUGUCUUAGGAUUGGUUCGGAUGCUCAACAGAUUAAGCUUUCCAAAUGUGAUAAUAUCAUCAGGCAAAAUAAAGAAUUUUUAAGGGAGAACUCAGCGAACCCUGAUUUCCAGUCAUUCACUGUUGGUGAGUCACGGUUAGAUGUGUUACUUUAUGACAGCAUGGCCAAUGUUACUGAGUGGGCUGAUCUGUGGUAGUUAACCAAAAAUCUUCUCCUUCUAUCACAUGGACAAGCGUCAGUUCAACGAGGAUUUUCAAUCAACAAGGAAAUCUCUGUUGAAAACAUGACCAUACAAACGUUGAUUUCACAGAGAAUGAUUAAAGAUCAUCUCCUGAAUGUUGGAGGGGUUACCAAAGUCUCCUUAACUAAAGAGCUCCUUGUCAGUGCAAGUCAUGCAAGACAGAGAUACCAAGCUCACCUAGAUGAAGAGAAAAGAAAGAAAGAGGAGCAGAAAAGAGGAGAGAAAAGGAAAGAUACCCUUGAGGAACUGGAUAACUUAAAAGAAGUAAAGAAAAGAAUUAAA